CCCGAAAUAGCCAAAUCCAUACCCUACCCUACCCACCACCCACCAUCCCAGAGCCCCAUCUCCGCGCGCUCGUGACCGGCUGACCGCUCGCCACCCCCCGCCGCGGCUCCGGGCGACAGGAAAGCUCCCGUCCUGGCACCCGGCUGGCGUGGUGCUCUCUGCCCCCACAGUUUGUCGGCUGCUUUCUACCUGUACUUGCAGAGCUGCAGGUGGAUGGUGAGGUGUUCUUGCAAGGAUAACACCUUAUCCUGUUCCCCAUCUCCGCGCUAGAUGCGCGCCCGCCGCCCGCGUGUGUGUAUGUCUUGAUGUCGGUGCGUGUCAUGUACUCCGGUGUGGCCGUGCGCUAGGGGCAGCUCCUUGUCAUUCCUCUUGGUUGACACUUGACAGGGGAGUUUCACUGACAUUGUCCAGCACACCAUUCUAUUCCGGGGUCUGAAUAGAGAUUCUAGCAUCGUUUCUCGGUUAGGACUUAGGAGGGUAGAAUUCAGAAUAUGGAUCCAAUGCUGAACCCGGUGAAGGAGGAGAGCCAUGGGGAUGGAGGAGAUUUGCUGGCAGCAGGCACGGAGGAGACCGGGGACGGGCCGUCCGCUGCGGUCGCCGCGGCGCCAAGGCCGAUGGAGGGUCUGCAUGACCCUGGGCCGCCGCCGUUCCUCACCAAGACGUAUGACAUGGUUGACGACCCGUCCACCGACCCGGUUGUGUCGUGGAGCGCCACCAACAACAGCUUCGUGGUCUGGGAUCCACACGCCUUCGCAACCGUGCUGCUGCCCAGGCACUUCAAGCACAACAACUUCUCCAGCUUCGUCCGCCAGCUCAACACCUAUGGUUUCAGGAAGGUGGAUCCUGAUCGGUGGGAAUUUGCGAACGAGGGUUUUUUACGGGGACAGAGACAGCUCCUGAAGAACAUCAGGCGUCGAAAACCUCCUGCUCAGAAUGCCACAAACCAGCAGUCCCUUGGGCCAUACCUUGAGGUGGGGCAUUUUGGAUUUGAUGCAGAGAUUGACAGGCUGAAGAGAGACAAGCAGUUAUUGAUGGCAGAAGUGGUGAAGCUAAGGCAGGAGCAGCAGAACACAAAGGCAAAUCUCAAAGCCAUGGAGGAUAGGCUACAAGGGACUGAACAGAAGCAGCAGCAGAUGAUGGCAUUCUUGGCACGUGUCAUGCGGAAUCCUGAAUUCCUGAAGCACCUGAUUUCCCAGAAUGAGAUGAGAAAGGAGCUCCAAGAUGCUAUUUCAAAGAAAAGAAGACGCCGCAUCGAUCAAGGCCCUGAACUUGAUGACUUGGGAGCUGGUAGCAGCCUAGAGCAAGGUUCACCGGUCCUGUUUAACCCCCAGGAUCCGGUUGAAUUCCUUGUCGACGGAAUCCCAACUGACCUUGAGAGUCCAGCUUUUGAUGGCCAAAGCCUGAUCGAGCCACAGGACAUUGAUAUUGGCAGUACCUCUGAGCAGCAGCAGGAUAUGCCCCAGGAGGAUUUGAAUGACAACUUCUGGGAGCAAUUGCUGAAUGAAGGCCUUGGUGAAGAGAACGGUAGCCCUGUUAUCGAGGAUGAUAUGAAUGUGCUGUCCGAGAAGAUGGGAUUUCUCAACUCAGAUGGCCCAACAUCUACCAUUUAGUUUUCGUUGCCUUUUUUGUUGUUCUACCACAAUCUGGAGCUCCUGAGUUGUGUCUACUGUCUCAGCAAGACUAGGUUGCUCGGUUUCCGUGGCUUCUGAAUUCCUUGCCAUUUGCCAAGGUUAGGGCUUGCUUCCAAGAAAAUUGGCUGGCAUUGGCCAUGACGUCCAGGGAAAACUGCUAGGUGCAUCUGAUAUGAUCUAACUGUAGUGAUUGCUGCCUGCCACAUGAGAGUGGCUGUUUUAGGCAACACCAGCUUUUUGUUGGUUGUUUUUAGGACCCUGCCCGUCAGGAAUUCAGUGUGUAGUUAUGUACAGUGACAGCGACUCAGCGAGUAGUGCUGAUGGUUAUACAUGUUUCCGUCAGUGGUGGUGUACUAACUCUGUUUUUGUAAUUUCGUGCGGUGGCAACUUUGUUGUGUUGAGGUUCUGAAUCACUAGUGCUUUUCAGUUCGAAGAGACGGAUGGAAAUUUUUUUUUCAAGAAGUGCCUCUCCCAAUGCUGCUUUAUUGAGGGUGCGAAAUUCGGAAGACAAUUCGUGGAAAGGACGGAGCUAGGGUUUUGAUCCCGCCUCGCUGUCGCCGGCCAGGCUGUGCCGCAUCGCCGCCAAAGCCAUGGAGAGGGAGCUGCUGGAGACGUUCGAUGCAGCCUAGGCUACGGUAGAACUCCUGAUGCAAAGCAGCCAGCAUCCGCUCCUAAUAGUCCCCCAAAGCUUGCAUCUCUUGUCAAAUGCAAUGAUCCUACUCGAGGUAAAAUCGGGGAACUACUUGCUGAAGCCUUUGCAAGGGUUUCCAAAGAGACUAGUAAUGAUGACCGAGAUGAAGUGAUAAACAUCUUGGAUGAAGUUGAUGCAUGCGAGUUGCUGUGACAGUAAGGUCUGCACUAUUUGAGAGGCUCGGACGUUCCACUGGGGCUCAAAAGGCAAAGUACAGGUCAGUCAUGUUCAACCUGAGGGCUGAAAACAACACUGGUUUCU